AGGCCAUGCAGUUUGCUACACGCUGCAGGUGAUCACACUGCAGGUGAUCACGUGUUGCUUGCUUGUGCCUUCAGCUUAAUACCCCAGGCCGCCAGGCAAACAACCACGCCUGAGCCAAAGGCUCAACAGAAGACUAUUACAAUAAAUUCCCUAUCACGGGCGAGGGGUUCCAAACACGGCCUGGGUUUAAUUAUAUCGUCUUGCCGCGACCUACCCCCCUCUCGCUCCCAACCACCAACAACCCGUAGCCAACAUGCAGUCUCCCUUCAUAUCAGGUCCCUGCUAGGAGCGUUCAGGUUGAUCAAAUAGGCUCUGGCCUCUAGUAUCGUCUUCUGAGCGAACGGACCUUUUGCCUACGCUACCAUCGCAAUGGACGAUAUCGACGACCUGCGACAAAAAGUCCUAGAGGAUCAACGCCGAUAUGAAGCAGCCAAAAAACUUGUCGCUGCAUCGCAGCCGCAGACCCUUCAACAAUACCUCGAGACCUGUCAUUCACUCCAUCUUGCUAUUCAGGCUGUAACUGACCGAUCUCUGACUACGCAAAGCGAGACUACCUAUCCGACCGGCCAUAUUUUCCCUCGACAAAUUAUACCCUGGGAUGACUUUGCAACGAGACAGGAGGAGAUCUGGAACGCCCUUUCGAUCGGCGACUUGUUCUCCAUGCCCGCAUUUCCAUCUCAGCAUCAGAUGGAUUAUGUGAAGUCGUUGCUCAAGCCUAUUAGCAGUGAGAUUGGGCUACAUCUCUUCGAGCAUGAUGUCGUCGAAAACGCCGUUCAGAAGAUAGUGGACCGGGCAAACAUGGAUCCGCUGCUGCGAAAAAACCUUGACCUCCAAAGGUCCGUGACGUUCGAGAAGCACAUGGAUCGCGGUACAACCGACGACCCCAUAUCUCAGCCCAUGGAGCACAUGCCUCUUGGUGGGGGAAGUCCUGGUGUCGCGGCGUCAGCGUCUAUCCCGGAGCGACCGACGGCUUCCAAGACUCGUCGCAAAGCGAGGGGCAGGAGCAUUCGGGCGGACCAAUUUUGUAUAUACAGGACUACGGGUGGCCGAAAUGUCCCAGCGCUCGCUAUUGAAUACAAGGCACCGCACAAGCUGACAGUGGACGAGAUCAUCACAGGUCUUGAGUCAGAAAUUCAGCCGGAACGUGAUGUGAUCAACAAUGAUGGCCGAGGUUUUGGCUCCACAGCCAGGCGGCUAACCGCUGCCGCCAUCACCCAGCUCUUCUCCUAUAUGAUCGGCAAGAGCAUCCGGUACGGUUACGUGUGCACUGGACAGGCGCGCGUCUUCCUCCACAUUCCAGACGAUCCGUCAAUAGUCUACUACUCGGUAUGCUUACCGGACCAAGACGUAAUGGACGGCGACGAGACGAGACUCCAUCGAACAGCCGUCGCACAGGUUUUUGCCUUUACUCUCCAAGCUUUUCGCGCAAGUCCACCGUCCCAGUCAUGGCAAGACAAGGCCGAGACCCUUGGUCUUUGGGCUGUGGAGUACGAUGAUAUUCUGAAAGAUAUCCCCCCCACAGAACGAAAACGCAAGGAACCCCGUGCUUCUCCGUAUAAGCCGCAGCGCUGGGAAGGCUUCAAGAAGUCGCCAGUUCGGAUCCAGUCUCGCUGCCAGCAGACAAACCCUAGUGCUGGACCGUCAGAGGAAGACAACGACCCUCCCUCCCUUACCCCCAACCCCUCUCGUACUGGUGGGAAAGCGGCGCCGUCGAGAGGAACAAGCUCGCAUGGUGGUGGGAACCAAGGACAACACCGAGGCAAGCAGCAGCAGUCGGGCCCGGCGACUAAGUCGGACAUACAAAGCCGGCCAUUCUGUUCACAAAGUUGUCUCCUGGGAUUAGCAUAUGGCGGGCCUGCGGACGAGAACUGCCCUAACGCAGACUAUCACGGGCAGGAGCACAUCAGCCGGUUCGAGUUCCUCCGACUCAUCCGAGACCAGCUUGCCACGGACCGUGGCUGCGAUGCGGAUUGCACACCACUCUAUCUAUCCGGGGCGCGCGGAUCACUCUUCAAGGUUCGGCUGUCAUCCCACGGCUAUACGCUCGUUGCCAAGGGUGUAGAGGGACUUGAUCUUGCCCUCCUACAGCACGAGAACGAGAUGUACAACCGACUCCGGCCUAUCCAGGGAAAACACAUUCCCGUAUGUCUCGACCGUAUAGACUUGGUCCGGCCAUACUACUAUGACUGCGGUGUUUACGUGCAUUUCAUGUUUCUCAGCUGGGCUGGACAACCCCUGUUUAACUGUGUGGUCCAGGCCAUUAAAACGGACAUCAACGACGCCGUCAGCGCAAUGCUCAAAGCAGUGCACAAAUUGGGUGUUCUUCACCGUGAUGCAGAGCCCCGCAACAUCCUAUACAAUACAAAUAGCGGCAAGCUCAUGCUUGUGGAUUUCGAGCGUGCAGAGUUCUGCGAUCGCCAGCCUCUCGGCUUGAUAUCUCCUAAUGCCCAGAGUCGGAAAGGGAAGAGGAAGCGUGGAAUCUUGCAGAAACAAAAGAAUGACGACUUUACGAAAGAGCUGGAAUGUGCUGUGGAGACGGUUUCAAGGUAUACUGCGCGCUUGCCCGGUCCGACAGUCGUUGGUGUGGGCACAAAAAUAUAAUUACAUAUAAGGAAUCUCGACAAUUGGCGGAGGUACAGGAGGAACCAGGGUCACCAUGAGGAAUGGUGAGCCUACAUGUUGAAAGUCCACUGCGGUAAAGGGGACCCCUCGGCUGAGAGUGUAAGUCCUGUUAUUUUACUUGACAAUAUAGGUCUACACUCCUUUGAUCUUGCGUUCAACUCAUCAGAUUCUAUCUGUAAAACAAUGGCCAGCAAAAACUAUGUGUUUCGUGUAUCGCGCCUCCACUAAUUUGACUUUAUCUAAACAUUUGAGAAGAAGAUAUCCUAGGAUAUUUGGAAGCCUCCAAAGACUGUCCAGAGCAUGUCAUGAAAGUACGACGCCAAUGUUUGGUUGAUAUGGUGUUUCUAGUAGGAUUUCCAGGCACUGCCCCUUUUUGGUUUCUAUUAUCAUUCAUUCCAAUAUUCGUCCGAGUAUAUUGCAUUCCUUUUGUAAGAUCGCAGGCCCCGAGUCUUCUCAAGCGCCAGCCCAAC